UUAGAGUCAUUUAUGAAGACAAUGACUCACUUUUUGUCUGGUGGCAUGGCAUGAUUUUGCAAAAAAAUCAUUUAUCACAUUUCUGCUUCUAGUUCACAUAAUCACUCAACUACGCGGAUAUACCUAUUCUCUACCAAGCAAACUCUAUCCGCUUUAGAAAAAUCUUAGCUGCAUCAAAUCCUUCUUGUCCGCUUCCGCCCAAAAUAAAUAAAUAAAUAAAUAAAGGGAAAAAAAAAUCUAUUAAUCACUUUGAAAUUUAUUACACAGCGUUUUAUAUCUCUUUUUAAUUUUAGGUUGAUCUUCCAUAUAUGAAAGGCAUGCAUGCACAUAAAAUAUGGUUAAAUUAAUUACUAAUCCGAUUUGGUAUUUCCUGCUCCUCGAUGUCUAUGGUUGAAAUAUGUUAAAAAUGGGUUUGGGUUGGGAAGAGUGUUUUCCUGUACGCAGAGGGCUACCCUUGUUGUUGUUGUUGUUGUUGCUGUUGCUGUUGUUCUAGUUGUUAUACAUAUUAGAGUUUAAAUAGAAAAAUCCUUAACCUUUUCCGCACUUAAGAAAUUUUUCAAAAACAUGAAAUCUGAAAAACAUUUAAACCAACUUUUACAUUUUCCUUUUUCUGAAAAAAGUAUAGGAUUGUUUUUACCCUUAGCCAUUUCCUCUAUUUAAACCCUAUCAUAGCACCUUCACUGGCAUGCUCUUCCCCCCCAUAUACCUCUCAACUCUUCUUUGAGAUACCUACACAUCCCAACCCAAUUGAUUCAUGGCAACUGCGAAAACACAACCAACAUGGACAGAACUACUAGGAAGCAAUGAAUGGGAAGGUCUGCUUGACCCCGUUGACCUCAGCCUCAGGAAAUUCAUCCUCCGCUGCGGUGACUUCUGCCAAGCCACCUAUGAUGCCUUCAUCAGUGAUGCAAACUCAAAAUUCUGUGGCAGCAGCCGCUAUGGCAUGAAGUCGUUGUUCCAAAAUGUAUGCCUACCUUCUGCAUCAGACUACCAAGUCGUCGCCUUCCUCUAUGCCACUUCAAGCAUUGAUGUCUCUGACGCGUUCCUCAUCAACUCUAACUCCUCAGAAGCUUGGGACCGCCAGUCCAACUGGAUGGGAUACAUUGCUGUUACCACAGACCAAGUCAGUAAGGCUAAUGGCAGGCGUGAAGUUUAUGUUGCGUGGCGUGGAACCAUCCGAAAUCUUGAAUGGGCUGAUGUUUUGCAAGCUAAUCUCGUGCCUGCCACUCCAUUGUUGGGAUCUGGCAAUGGUACUGAUGGUGAGGAGGUCAUGGAAGGUUGGCUCAUGAUUUACACUUCCAGCAAUCCAGACUCUCCUUUCAGUAAGACCAGUGCGAAAACUCAAGUUCUGACAAAGAUCAAAGAAUUGAUGGAGCAGUACAAGGACGAAAACUUAAGCUUGAUAUUCACAGGACACAGCUUAGGCGCGGUGCUUGCAGCACUAAGCGCUUUUGAUGUGGUGGAAAAUGGUGUUCCGGAUCAUGUCCAAGUGGCGGCUUUUGUGUUUGGUUUGCCAAUGUUGGGCAACAAAGUGUUCUGUGACAAGCUCAAGGCGCUGCUACGAAUCUUACAUGUGAGAAAUGUAAUAGACUUUAUACCACAUUAUCCUAGCACCGUGUUGGGGUACGCAUAUGCUGGAAUUGAGCUGCUGGUGGACAGUAGGAAGUCGCCAUACUUGAAGACUUCACUGUAUCCAUUUGAUUGGCAUAACCUGCAGGGGCUUCUGCAUGUGGUUGCAGGUUGGAAUGGUGGCGAUGGAGAGUUUGAGCUGAAGGUGAAGAGGAGUUUGGCCCUUGUGAACAAGCGCUGUAAUUUUCUCAAGGAUGAAUAUAAUGUUCCAGGGUUAUGGUGGGUUGAAAAGAAUAAAGGAAUGGUUCUUGAUGAAAAUGGAGACUGGGUUUCGGCAAUGCCAUUCCAAGAUGACUUACCUCUUGUCCCUGGAUUUUAACUGUAGUUAGUUACUUAUAGUUUAUUGUUAGCUGGCUCCAUCCCAAGUGUACCACAUCUCCCUAGCUGUUUUAGUUUAUUAUGAUUAUUAUUAUUAUUAUAUUCCGGAGUUCAUCAUGUCAAAAGUUGAGGCGGGCGUGUCACAAUAAUAAGGUUGCUCCAUUGUGAUCCGGAGGUCACGGUUUGAGUCCGAAAAUAGUCAAUUUGUAUGUAAAAAUAAGGCUUUGUAUAUCUAACCUCUGCGGGAAGCUCGGGCUCUAGGCUAGCCCACAAGGCAAAAAGCAAGUUGAUUCUUCUGUAUACCCCAUUGAAUUAGUAUGUUCCAUAGGCUCCAUUGUUUGUAGCAAUUGAAGGUGAUGAUGUGAAUUUGAGCAUGAAAAUCUAUAAUGUUAAAAGUUUCGUCUCUCUCUGGUACUA